GAGGUGUAUUCCGCCCGGGCGCCUGCGCUGUCCGCUCCACCGCCCCGCGCGGUUGUACCGGAGACGACGCUGUCGCCCAGCUCCCACUGGCACCCGACAGCAUGCCAGGGACGGCCGGCGGUCCGACAGGCGGCACAGGACGGGCAUCAGCACGGCAGUACGACGUAAACGCGUUGAACCAGCUGAACCAGCUGCUAUACCAGGCGUACGGCGCCGCCGGCGGCUACCCGACGUCAUCUGUCAACUACGGAGGCCAAACGACACAAUUUGGGGCGCAAGGAAACCCUUACGGACUCCAGCCCACCGUUCACGUCAAUCCAGGAGUUCCCUACGUCAGCCCCUCGAACUCGUACGCUACUCCUUCAACCCCUUACGGGGGUCAGCCGAACGUCUACGGGGCCCAGCCGGGCUCGUACGGGACCCAGCCGGGCUCAUACGGGGCCCAGCCAGGCGCCGCGGCGGGGUACGACCCGUACCAGGGCGCGCUGACCGACAUGGAGUACGCCGGGUCGCAGCAGUACAUGGGGUACGUGGCGCCGCCGGUGGUGUACGAUCAGCAGGCCAGCGCCGAUUCCAGCUACCAGUCCUACGGACCCCCACCCGCACCGAGCUAUGGUCACAGCGGCGGUGGAGGCUACGGCGGCGGCGGCGGGUACGACAACAGCCCCGCGCUCUCUGCCCUGGCUUUGCUAGGCUUUCUCUUCUUUCUCAACCUAAUCCAGCAAACGCUGGCGGCCAACAACGGUGGCACGGGCGGCACGGGCGGCACAGGCGGCGGCGGGCGAUCGGGUGGGCUGUCUCUGGACCGGGAGCGCUACUCAGCGGAGCUGGAGCUGCGCGUGCGUGGUGCGCUGCUUGACGCGACCCAGUGGCAACAGAUGACCUACGACACGGUCCACUGGCUUGGCGCUGUGCAAAGGCACAAAUCUGACAGCAACUACAGCUGUCUCCAGUUUGCGUUUUGCCAGCUUCAUCAGGUAUUGCACCGGAGUUUCGGCAUCAUUGGACGUCUGGUGGCAGUUCUAGCAAGGAGUUACGUUCUGUCAUCACAAGCAAUGACAUCUGAUGUCAGAAGAAUCCUACAAACUGUUAAAUUCAGUGAUAAUGCUUCCGAAUGCAGUGUCAUUUACCAAACAUGUGAGGAAUAAAAGAGCAUUCGGAGGAUUUGCUAGCAGUGGGAGCCAAGAGAUCGCAGCUAAGUGUCAAAUACUGUGCGGGCAGCUUGAUUUAGGAGGGAUUGUUCUGUUGCGUUAUACCAUGGUGUUAUUCUUUGUGUGAGCACAAAUGCGUUUGUUUAUAAAUGCGUGCAACGUGGCGCUGAAAAUUUCACUUCUCAUUAUAGGAGUGAAGUGCGCGAAUGACCUCGAUCAAAACAGUUAGAAAUUGAGCCGAUGACCUGAACGUUAGAGAUGACGUGACAGAAAUUCAGUGACAUGCAUAGAUGCCUUUUAUUGAACUUUUGGAAAGAACUUGUGACACGAGUGGAAAUCCUAUACGGACCAAUGAUAACGCUGCCAAUAAACGUGAUGCAAAAUAUGCUGUGUAUAUCGA